CGCCUUUCAAUGCCCUUUACCAUAUCACUUUAUCGUCCAUUCCCUCCUGAUAAUGUCUUUUCACCAUUUGAGAUGUGUCAUCCGGACCGGCCCCACCGCUCGAAUGCUCCUCUGAACCGUUCAAUCGUUCUGCCCUUCCCCUUCCUCGGUAUCCAUCCCAUUGCCUCUCGCAUACAUAGACAAGAAAUUCAGAGAAGAACCUGCGAAGACUUUUUCGCUGCCUGGAGACAGAAGGUGACGCAACAUAGAAUUUCAAUCAGAGGGAUAAUCAUAUAGGGGAGACAGAAUUAAAAGGCACUUCCGGCCGCGCCCUAUCCUGAGGAUCUUAGAAAUGGCUCAAACUCCUCAUACAAACAUUCGGGUCCAGGCUGUUCAAGUUCCUCCCUUCCGCAACAUGAGCACACAGGCAUUACACCCCGUUCCUCCAUCCCAUGUCGUCUCUACCUUCACCAUCCUGCGAUGUCUGGGUAUCCCAGACGAGUUGAUCCUUUAUAUCCUCGCCAUCGCAGAAUACUACGCCCGAGAGGUAUCUCACCGUCGUAAACGGGUCACGUUCCGCGCGAACAGUCACUUCAAUGGAGUCAUCAACGACUCCGAGCCGUCUAUGGCUGGACUCUACAUGACUGCCUCAGUUCCACAUAAUCGAAUCAGAUCCGUUGCGUUCACGAUGAAGAGCAGGGACCAGGCAUGGGCUGACAAUGGAGGGCAUGGAACGUAUCAUAACAGUCAUACGUGGUUCGAAGCCAGUAUAUUGCAGCGCGUUGUUGGACAUGGACAGAGUGAUCAUGAUCUCGUUUUGCCGCUUGAACAUCCGAAUGGAGAGCCUGUGACGUUUAGAAGCGUGUAUGCGGCGAGAGAUUAUUUGCGUCAGCAUGGGUGGGACUUCAAGUUUGGCGAUGGGGACAACUUGAAGUAUACGUGGAAAGUGCACCAUAAUGUUACAGCGAUGAACGAAUUUCGGGAGUAUAAUGUGCGAUGGGUCAAGGGAGAGAAGAUGUUGGUUGUGCCUGAGGGAGAAGGUAUGGGGAUUGGGAUUGGGGACGGUGAGGGUUUUGUUGAGAGUCUCCAACCCGGAAAUAUGGUGUUACUAUGGGCGAGAGCAGAGCAAUUCGCUUGGGUGCAUAUCGUUGAUGAAGCGACUAUCGUGACUGAAUAUGAAGUUCUAUAGAAGUUACGGGAAAAGUACAGGUGCAGGAUUCCAUUUCUCUCAGACGUACUUUACAGUCUGUACUUACAUACAAGAAUCUCUUGUAUCUUCCUCAUCUCUACCACGUCUGACUUCGGCGUAUCCAAAGC